AAACCAGCAUAUACAAGUUUAUCCUAUCUAACAAAAGACCUGAAAUACAAGCCACAUACUUGUCUGCCAUAUUAUCAUGCUCCCAGCUCAACUUAAACUCCCCUCCAACACACAACACUUUUAACACAUAUGCAUACACACACAAUACUAUAAUGGAAGUGACAAUCCAGUCUCUUACUGCAACAAAGUUUCCAUUUUUUGAUUGUAGGCCUUCUAUUCUUGCUAACCAUUCUUUUACAUUUUCUGGGUUCAAGAAAUCACCUAAAGAGCUUCAAGAAUGCCAGCAGAGGAAGCUCAGAAUGCAUGCUUCUGGUGAUGAAUGCACUUCUACCAAUGAUGAAGAUAGAGAAAGAUGGCUUCUUCAUUCACUUGAUAAACCAGGAAGGCGUCAGUUGCUUGCUGUUGGGUCAGCAGCAGUCCCUUGGAUGUUGCUGUCGGACCAAACAAUUUCAUUUGCUGCAGAAUCAAAGAAGGGGUUCUUAGGAGUUACGGAUAAGAAGGACGGGUAUUCUUUCGUCUAUCCAUUUGGGUGGCAGGAGAUAGUAAUUGAAGGACAAGACAAAGUAUUCAAAGAUGUUAUCGAACCACUGGAGAAUGUCAGCGUAAAUGUAUUUCCAACUAGCAAAGAGGACAUUCAUGACCUUGGCUCACCUCAAGAUGUUUCUGAAGCUCUCAUAAAAAAGGUAUUGGCGCCUCCUUCGCAGAAGACAAAACUAAUCAAGGCAGAAGAGCAUGAUGUUGAUGGAAAGACUUACUACACAUUCGAGUUUGUUGCCAAAGCUCCAAACUUCACUCGCCAUGCUCUCAGUGCAAUUUGCAUCGGAAACGGAAAGCUCUAUACCGUGACAACGGGAGCCAAUGAGAGGAGAUGGGGGAAGAUGAAGGACAAACUGAACACUGUGAUCGAUUCCUUCAAAGUCUUCACAGUCUAUGAAACAUAGUUUCGCUCUGCAGAUGUACACUAUUCGCAAAUCCAAUUGCUUCGGAGCUUAAAAAUUAACUAGAGACCUCUGUAUUACAUAUGAGCAAUUUUGUCAUGUAAAAUCUGGUACAAGCUGUUUUUUUGUAUAAAUAUAAUGGUAGGCAUAUACAUAAGCACAAAUCUUGAAGAUCUGUAUCGCAAUGGGAUUGUUUCGUUAUCUUUA